AUGGUGCAGGAGGUUAAGCCUGGGUUCGAGAGCAACAAGGUCCGAAUGAUGCGUAUCAUUGAUAAAUCACAACAGCGUAGCCUUAAAGUUGACACACCAGAAACUCUCCCACCCCUGAAUUUUCCUCGUGUUGGCCCAAAGUUCCCUGAUGGCUCAUCAUUCACACCCCCUGCAGAGAAUGAUGCAGUCUAUGCUGCUAAGAUGAAAGAGUACUACAUCUGGCUCUUCAGCAGGUAUAUCGGAACUGAUGGUGAGCAGUCUGUGCCUGGACUAGGGGGCUUCACCUCUGCAACUGGUACUCCCCCACCCCGAAAAUCGACUGUGGACUACUUCACGCCAAUCCAUCAGCCAAUCACUGACAAUGCAGUUGUUCGUGAGCUACUGAGGCGUUCUGAGAAGGCCACCAUAGAGGUGGGUCAAAGAUGGGUCCUGAAUAUGUUUGAUGUGGGGGUCUGUAUGAAAGCCCUACCCAUCAUUUGGCAUUGGCCAGAAGAAUUUGGCUGUCAUGUUACCAUGAUUGGACCUUUUCAUACAUGCAUGAAUUACAUCGGAAUGCUCACAGGCCACAAAAUGUGUGGUUCUGGCUAUGCAGAGAUACUGUUUGAGGCACAACUAGUGACAAGUGGUUCCCUCAAGGGUGUCCUGAGUGGAAAGGUGUAUGCAAAGUCCCUCUUUUGCCUCACAACAAUUUGUGAGGCAAUGGAAAGGCUGUUGAUGGAGCAAUUCAUUGAGGAGGAGAACAUCCUCAUGACUGAUCCAGCUGCACUCCUCAAUUUGACCGAAACUUGCAACAAGGAGCAUCUUGAUGAAGCCCUCAAGGACCCCUCUACUCUAACUCUCAUCGAGAGAUAUCAUGUUUAUGAGGAGAAGGUACUCAAAGGACACCUAGGGAAAACAGGUGCCCUCUGGAUGUCCUUCAUCAACCACUGUCAUCUCAUCUUCAUGCUCCUUCACUCUGUUAAGACUAACAACAUCCAGCUGUUUCACAAAUGUAACGGUGAGAUGGCGGACCUCUUUUUUGCUUUUGAUGGACAAAACUACUCCAGGUUUGCACAAUUUCCACUCACAAACUUAUUUAUAAAUACAUUAUAUACUGGUUGAAUGCACAUGCAUUAAUUGUCUUCAUGUAUGUGCCUCUCUCUAUCCACAGAUAUCUGACCUGGUUUGAGGUCUACCUGACAAACCUGGAGAACACACAUCCAGGGGCCAAGGACCUGCUCACUAACGGUGCCAUUGCGGUGGCCCGCUCAAUGAUACCAGGAGCACUCAGUGCAGUUGAUAAGACGAUGGAAGUAACUUUCAUGCGCUUUGCCAAAUCAUCAGGUAAAACCAUUGACCAUUGUAUAAAGUGCAAACUGUCCUCACUACAAAUUGGUUUGGAGUCUUAAAAUUGCAAUACUUUUCAGGUGGCUUCACUGGACUGUACACCCAGUUUGGAGGAUAUCAGAGGUGGUGUCGUACGACCUCAGCACGGGCACAAUAUUAUGAAAAGACUCUUGAAAUGGUCAACCUCAUCGAUGAUCCAGACUGCCCAAGGGCGGGGAGACAUCGUGAGUUGGAGAAGGCAGAGGUAAAGAAAGGUGAACAGGCAGUUCAGCGAACCCUCACAGCUAUCAGGAACUUCACCAACCCUUUCACCAUCCCAGAUAAGGAUAGGCUCUACUCCCUAGCUUCUGGUGCUCCUGUCCCCAUGGAUGUCAAGAUGGACAUUUCACAGGCAGAAGCUGUGGGUAAGGCUGCUAAAGCUUCCUUCAUCAGGCGCCUACAGAGUGGGGAACCUGGAAGCUUCUUGGACCCUAUAAAGAAGAACAAGCUCAAGACCACAGCGUUGUGCAAUAAGAAAGUCACCCUUACAUCCUCACAGGGAAAGGUAAGGUUGCAUAUGAAGUGCUAAGCUUUAUUUUUCACAUUCAUCAAUGGAAACCUGUAAACACCAUAUCAACACUUUGCACAUCUUUAAUUCCAGGUUAUCCAGUAUCAGGAGCAAAGCAACAUUGCAUUCCAGCUCCUCAUCAAGUCUCAGAGUCAAGUUGAGCCAUUGGACUUGGAGAAACUGAUGAAGUACUGCCUGGUGCCUGUACCCCCCAGCCUUGGGACACAGGAUGGUUUUUUCUCAAAGACCAAUAAAGCGUCUUUCUUGCACUACCUUCUGGAGGAUACAACCUCUGAACAUCUCCCCUACCCCAAGGAUGCUCUCUUCAUCCAGGAUGGCAUGGCACUGCUUCAUGUUCUUACCAACCUUCCCCCAACCUGUGGUGAAAUAUGUCUACAGAUACUUGAUCAGAUGGUGGCCAAGAAGCACUUUUUGUUCUCAACUGACAGUUACCAUCCAGAAUCAAUCAAAGCCCAGGAAAGGUUGAGACGUGGCAGCUCAGAGAAAAUCAUUUUGGCCGGACCAGCAACCAGGAAGGCUUAUGACUUCAAGACGAUCCUUGCCAAUGAUGAUAACAAAAAGCAGUUUUGCCAGCUCCUGCUGCGUGUAUGGAGUGAACAACAGGCAGCCUCAAGGCUGGAGAAAACACAGAUGGCAGUGCUGAUUGUGGAGGGGAAAGCUCAUCAACUGACCUCAUCAAAUGGCAAGGUAAAUUGCAAGCCUAUUUUCAUCUUGUUCAGAUUUUUGUCUGCAUCUAUAUUUAGUGGUUACAAGUAAUCAAAAUGAAAUGGCACUGUGUGUUUCAGGUUGAGGUGUGUGAGCUCCCUGAAAUCUACAGCAACCAGGAAGAAACUGACACAAGGGUGGUACUGUACCUCCAUUAUGCUGCUGCCCUUGGAUACAAGAGUGCUGUAGUCAGAACACCUGACACAGACAUUUUUGUGAUUCUUCUGUACCAUGCUCAUGCCAUCAAGUUGACGGUGUACCUAGAUACAGGAUCAGGGAAGCAUCGUCAACUUCUCAAUGUCUCUGAGCUCGCGGAAUCCCUGGGAGAAGACUACUGUGCCACUCUUCUGGGAUUCUAUGUGUUCAGUGGAGAAGACUGCACCAGUGCCUUCAAAGGGAAGGGGACGGUGGGGCCCUUGAAAAAGCUGGAGAAGAAUCCCAGGUUUCACGAGGCAUUUCGUCAGCUUGGUGAUGACUGGAAUGUAAAGCCUGAGGUGAUGAGGCAGUUGGAGCAGUUUAUCUGUCUGCUGUAUGGACAGAGUUGCGAGUCUUCAGUGAAUGUUGCCCGUGCCAAGUUGCUGCGGAAAAUGGUAGGAGGGGAUGACAAACUCACUUCUAAAUCGAAAGUUGACCUGGCGCGCCUUCCUCCAUGCUACUCUGCUCUGAAGCCACACAUCCAACGUGUGAACCAUCGUGUUGCCUUAUACAAGCGAGCUGAUGAAGCUAUUGUGGAAAAACCAAAGCCCAAUGAUGAGGGGCAGGGAUGGUUGAAAACUGAAGGGGUUUUGAAACCAGUGUGGUCCUGCGGUCCAGGCCUACCAACCUCACUGGUUGAUCUCCUUGAGCAUGGACAAGAAGAGGAAGAGAUGGAGGAAUCAGAGGACGAGUUCUAUGAGGACGAUGAGUAA